AUGGGAAGCCUCGGCGUCUUAGAGCCAACUCAUCACGAGGACUUGAGAUUGUUCACAACUCUGAACGAUGUCCUUGAAACGAGGGCCCUGACGCACCCCGACCGACCACUCAUUUCCUACCCCAAAAAUGAGACAGAUCUUGUCGACUACACCGGUACUGAGCUGGACCAGCUUACCCGGCGAGUAGCAGUUCUUGCUGCGCAAGCACUCGGUGGACUGGGCUUGAACCAUGAUGACCGGCUGGACCAAAGGAAAUUGGUGGUGGCAAUUGUUGGCAUCUCGAGUUUCGAGUAUUAUCUGACGUUUCUUUCUCUGCAACGACUAGGAAUCACUACCGUCUUCAUUUCUCCACGGUUAGCAGAUUCCGGGUACAUACACCUACUGAAGGAGACCAGAUGUGAUAUUGCCAUUGCCAGUGGUUCAUCUUACACCACUCUCGAAAGACUACAGAACAACGGCUCGCUCCCAGAGUCUUUCACUCUUCUACCCAUGAUCAAUGCUCAAGUUUUAUCCCAGCAGUGUGAUACCAUUGACACCUCCAACUUCAAGCCGUUGUGCUUCGACCGGGCGCCAGGUUUCAUAAUUCACAGCGGCGGAACGACAGGGCUCCCCAAGCCUGUACCUCUUGCUGCCUCUGCUUGGCUCGCUCAAGCCAGUGAUAUUGUGCGGCGCAUUCCAAAGGUCGAUACACUUUCGACGUUGCCACUUUUUCACAGCUUUGGCCUCGCUACCCUGCUUCGCGCACUGGUCAGUGGGACCCGUCUGAGUCUCCUCAAUGCGUCUCGGCCGGUGACCGCAACCAACGUGAUCAAUUGUCUGGAUAUCACCAAUUCUGAGGCCUUGGUUACGGUUCCGUACACUUUGAAGUUUCUGGUCGAGGCGGAUGGCGGCCUGGAGAGACUCGGUGCCUUAAGACAAGUCAUCAAUGCCGGGUCAGCAAUACCGGACGAUCUAGGGGACAAAAUAGUCACGGCCGGCGGCAACAUCUUCCAUCUGUACGGACAAACCGAAUGCGGCGCCCUGAUGGAGCCGCCUUCUGACAGGUUGCUGUGGAGCUGGGUCACGCCUCUGCCUCAUGCCAAGCCAUAUCUCCAGUUUGAACCUGAGAGUAGCCGCACCUCGCAGGAUCUUUACCACCUCGUGAUCAGGCCGGGAUUGAAACAAAAGGUUCUUUCGGACCGACCGGAUGGGUCGUAUGGUACUAAGGACUUGUUCCAAAUUCACCCCACGAUACCAGACUUAUGGAAAUUCGCUGCCCGGAAGGACGACAUCAUUGUGAUGCUCAAUGGAGAGAAAGCCGACCCGAUUCCUAUUGAGGACGCUUUGAAAGUCAAUCCAGAGGUCGCCACUGCUGUUGUCUUCGGAGCCGGACAAGAGGCACUCGGCUUGGUGGUAAUCAAAUCUCUUUCAUCUGUCAAUCACCUUGACGAAGAGUUCGUGAGGGCAAUAAGUCCCAGUGUCGACUUGGGAAACUCACGAGUCCCGGCAUAUGCUCGAAUAGCAAGGGAUAUGAUCAUCGUGAAGAAAGCAGGUACGCCGUUCCCGGCAACGGAUAAAGGCACCAUCAUCCGCUCGGCGUUCCUAAAAGAGAUGGAAGGGGAUAUCGAGAGACUAUAUGCAGGCAGGUCAGCCUCCAAAUUCAACGCUGCCACACGGGUAUCAAUGUCGCAUGGUGAGGUGCUUGCAAUAAUUUCAGAGAUCGUGAAGAAUGAGCUCCGAUCAAAACCUUCACACGACACUUCAACCUCAGAACGGAAAGCUGUUGAUGGGACGAAAAGCUGGGACGACUUAUCCAUCGACGCAGAUCUUUUUGAUCUCGGCGUAGACUCGUUACAGGCCAGCAACAUUCGCAGUCGUAUUCAAAGAGAAAUUGAUCUCUGCGGGGCAUCUAUAGCGACGAACGUCGUGUUUGACUUCCCAACGGUCGCACUUCUUGGUCAACAUGUGAUGCAAUUGCACCUUGGCAACAAUUUGCACUCGGAGCGAACCGAUCCUGAACAACUGGCUCGGGCGAUGGUAGAGAAAUAUAGCAACUUCGCGUCGACCGAAUCCGAUGUAGAAGUCACGAAUGCUCCAACCAAAGCAGAGACUGUGCUCCUGACAGGUGCCACGGGCCAAGUUGGGGCCCACCUCUUGUUCUCCUUGCUGUCGCGCCCUGAUAUAGAAAGCGUCUUGUGCCUCGUCCGCGCGCAGGAUCCCCAGGACGGCCUCGCACGACUGCACAUAGCCCUGAGUGACGCCGGGCUUCUGGCCGAGCUCUCUGCGACCCAGCUCGAGAAAGUCGUGGCAUGCCCAGGGGACCUAUCUGACCCAAAUGGUUGCUUCCUCCCCAGCAACCCAGUCUACUCGCGAAUCCUCAACACUGUAACUCACAUCAUCCAUAACGCUUGGCCCGUCAACUUCAACCUCAACUUCCAGAGCUUCGAAGCGCAGGCGAUCCGGCCGACCCACCACCUCAUCAGCCUCGCGCUGAGAUCCAAUUUGAGGCCCAAGCCAACCUUCACCUUUGUCUCAAGCAUUGCCACUGUCCUCAGCGCGGGCCCCGAGGUACUGGAGAAGCCUUACCCGUGGGAGUGUGUGGGCUCUAUGGGCUACGGCCAGAGCAAGUGGGUGGCGGAGGAGAUUCUCGCCAGGGCGGCCGCGGCGGACCACGGCCUCGAGUCGGUCCGCGUGGCGCGCCUCGGCCAAGUCGUGGGCGACAGGAGGCUUGGGCACUGGAAGACAAGCGAGGCGUAUCCGGCCAUCGUGCAGAGUGCGCUGACGGUUGGCGCGCUGCCUCUCAUUGAGGCCGCGAGCGACGGCGUGGUCCAUGACGAGCACUACUGGCUGCCCGCUGAUAUCGCGGGGGCUGCUAUCGCGGAGGUGGCGCUGUUUCAUGGCGAUGAGCAGGACGAUCCCUCGUUUCCGUUGUCUUAUUUCAAUGUAAGCAGUACGGCGCCAAUGAGAUGGAAUAGCGACUUCGCGCCAGCCGUCAAGGAUUGCCUUGCUCAGUACGGCAUCCUCUUGAAGAAAAGGAAAACGAGAAUGAUAAGACUGAAGAUACGUUUCUGCUCCGGUGCUAUCCAGGCGUCAGCAAGUGGAGGUGCAGAGUACGACUUUGACGCCCUUGUGUGCGUCGAUGGUGGCGACCGAGAUCCGCAUAUCACAACUGUCGAAUACGUCGUCGGCAGCGGGAUGGCCGCCCUCCCUCGUGGGUGGUCGAGAAAUGCGUCAACAGCAUUGAAGCUAGCAACGGCUGAGAAAGUCAUCGGCUACCAAUUUAAGAAUGUUGAUCUUCUGUACGAGGCUCUCGACCAGAAGAGAGAAAGAUUUCGCUCACCCGAUGGAAAGCGGGCACGACUACGAACAAGGAACUCUCGCCUAGCCUUCGUCGGAGAUGUUCAAGCAAAACUUUAUUUGGCCCAACAAUGGUACAAGAAGCCAAAUCUGUCAGGGGCGAUGUGGCAGAAUAUUGAGUCCGCUCUUUCCAAUGAGCAUCUUGGACAAAAUGGGUUCUCUAUAGGCCUUGACGAGUGUGGAAUCCCUGACAGGAUCGAGAAUCGGUACGACAUCGCCAGCACAGUUGAAGCCGUCUUCGCUGCUGUGCAAAUGGAUGGUGCCGGUGAAGAACAAGUCCAAAAGGUCAUGUAUCGUUUCGGUAUCCACCACAAGCUCGUCACCCCUGUAGACCGUGCUUGGAUACACGAGGCUGUAAUAUCAAAAUUGACCUUGCCCAAUCGAUUCUUUAUUGGGCAUCAGUUUAAGCUUCAAGAAAAGAUCUUCGAAACCAAGAUGACGCAGCCAAAGGUGACGCAGCCAUCGCCAGCUCAUCGAAUUGGGCUAUGGGAGCGCAUCAAGCGGCUGUGGCUGAGGCCGAACGAAAAGACUACUGCGAUACAGAGCAGCUUGCGCGGACGGCGACAAAUUGUUUCCAAGUUAGCCGCGCAGUCACCAGCCAGUUCCCAGUCAGUAGCCGAAGAGCCAAAGGUUGCAGCGAACGGUUCAACCGCCACGCCUUCCAAGGAUGUUUCCAACGGUAGGACUGAAGUCCUUGGGGAGGACUUGUCUGGCCACUUCGAAGAAGACGACCAGGCUCCAGCACCAGAUGAGAUGACAGAAAGAAAAAUACCGGCCCCGAAGCAGGAAGUUUCUGAAGGAUCGACUUCUGGAGCACCGGCGUCAUCAACGCCCACGAAGACAAAAUCACGGGCCGCCCGCUCCAAGGAAGACACAUCAGUGGGUGACAUUGAGCCGACAGAAGCUGAUUUCCAAGCCCCAGGAAAUAAUUCCAAAAGAGAAAAAGAGCCCAAUCAGUCCAGAGAAGAUAGCCGAGCGGUAGGCGUUGAGUUGCAAGGCCAGAAGCAGCCCCAUGAAGAUUCAGCGGUCGGGCCGGUCACGGCAAAGGCAGAAGAUGUUGAGAAACUAGCAAAGCGCCUGAAAAAUGAGUUGGCAGAUCUGGCCACUCAGCAAAGGCAAAUCGAAGAGAGAUUCAGGAGGCUUCGCUCAGCAGGCAAAAAGAAGUCCCUGGAAGAUAUGAAGACUCUGAGAGGUGUGCUAGCACAACGAACGGUGGUAAAGGCAAAAUAUGAAAAGAUAAGGAAACAGUUGAUUAAAUGA